AUGACAGGCCCCAUCGGUCAGGCCCUGGAUCCUCAAGGGCGUUACGCCGGUCGGGAGUGCUGCAAGGUUUUCCUCCAGCUCCGUCCGCAACGCCGUGGACAAAUCAGAGUGCAGGCUUUUGCAGCUCCUGCGUCCCUGAGAAACACCGAUAUACCCCUGGUCAUGAGAGGUGCGGCUCCGAUUGGUCAUGACAAGCUUGCUGGCGCCAUGAAGAUAUGA